GAUUCUCAAGUUGAGGCAGAAAUUGCUGUUACUCCGAAGAACAUGCGUAAACGCAAGACCACCCAUAGUGACCCCACGCAUGGCAGUUUCUUCUUACGAGUUGGUGCCAUCGCAUUUGGUUUGGGAGCAAUGAUUUAUAUUGGCUUGGAAUUCGGUUCAUUCUUCGAGAUUCCUUUCGAUUCACCCUGCCAUCAUAUCUUGAUUGGAGUCAAUCCCUUACUCCAAAUGAUCUUCACCUUUAUGCAGAUGUACUUCAUAUUCAUGAAUGCGAGACUCAAUAUCCACCGAUUUAAGGUUAUCGCUCGUUUUGGUCUUAUGCAUGUGGUAGCCACCAAUAUCUGCGUUUGGAUACGCACUUUAGUUAAGGAAUCAUUGCUUGAAAUCACUAUUUAUCAUCAACGUCGUGGUCCCGAACCAGAAGACUCACCAAUUUCGCAGUCAAUACGUCAACAUGCUUUACGACAUGCUGGCACAGUUUUGCGUACUCACGCUGGACCCAAUGAGGAAUUUGAAGUAUUGGAUGGUGAAGAUUUAUUGCCAGCAAAUACUUAUAAAACCGAUAAUGUUCUAUCAAAAUUGGUACGCAAAACUGUUGAUGGCAUAUCGAAGUCAUUGGGUAUGGGCUCAAAUGAUGAUGAAUUAACAACCGCUUUAUUAACAAGCACCACCACAACAACUCGCAUUCCCUACACUACGCCUGGAUAUCAAUGGCAUAGUACUACUAUGGCACGCAAGUUGAAGAAGUUUAUCAGCAGCACUACUGCAGCUACCACCACAAGUUUGGGUACUACAGCCUCCACCACAACAACAACUACGACCACUGAAUCGCCCUUCAAUAGUUUCCACCGCACAUUUUCAACUGCCGCUGCUACUGCUGCUGAUGAGUUGUCUGCUUCAACUGGUAAUAAUGCUGGAUACACAACAGCUACUGAAACCACCGCUGCUAGCACUUUAUCACCAACAAGUAUCACUGCUGGUAUAGCUUCAUUUUUCAAUAACUUGGUAUCAUCAACACCUAGCACCACAACUACCACUUUCACACCCUCCACAACCACCGAAAAUACUGUUAAUAUUAUGAAUAAUCUUUUCGGACCAGGUAUGGAGAAUAGCUUCCAGACUUACUCCGGUAUUUCACAUCCAGAAUCGAAUGGUAUUGUUUCAUUUGAAAAUCUUGAAAGUUUGGAUAAUAUUUACCCAGCGGCUUUAUCAUCAAAUAUUGCUACACUUAAUGCUACUGCCUGUGGACGUGUGGAUAUAAUGGGUACUAUCGUCUACGAUUCCGCACCGUAUUUGUAUCCAUUUAUAAUUGAGUAUUCACUUAUUGGCGCUGUUGUCUUGUAUGUUAUGUGGAAGCAUAUUGGUCGCUAUCCUGGUCGUUUGAAUGACGAAGAUUUAGAACAUCGUUUGGAAGUUAUGUUAUCACGUCGUGCUGUUGCUAUGGCUCAACAGGCACGCUCAGGACGUGUGGACUGUGUUGGUUCUUCGAAGGGUUUGUUCUUUGGCCUAUUGUUGUUGGUUGGUGCUCUCAUCUGUUUGAUACUCUUCUUCGUCUUGGUGCGUCAUCAGCAGUUCUCCUUGCUGGCCAUUUACUUGGCUGAUGCUAGUCAUUGCAUACUUAUGGCGUUUGCUAUAUUGGCGAUUAUAAUUGGCUUUAUAAGAGUCAAAAACUUGAAAUUCCGUUGUGAGGAACAAUCGAACUUAAAUGACAUCUUGUUGCGUAUCUCCGCUUUCGGUCUCUUUACCUACUCUGUGUUCAGCGUGAUCGCCGGCAGCUUGAAGGCAUUCGAGAGUGAGCCCAAUCUACUAGUCACUACCACUGGCGGUGUAGCAGUAUUCCAAGUUAUAUUGCAGCUGCUCUUCAUUGCCGACGUAUCGCGCCGUCGCGUACAUUUACCAGAGCAUGAUCGCAGCAAGCCAGGACGUCAAAUCGUCACAUUCCUGUUGAUAUGCAACGUUGCCAUGUUCGCUAUUUACACGUUUGAAGCUCAAAAAGUAUUCGCCAAUCCUGUAAGUAGAUAUGUUCAACUUGAUUUCUACGGCUUUGUGCCAUGGUCAAUAAUACAACGCGUUACACUGCCGCUCUGCAUUUUCCACCGAUUCCACAGUGCUGUCACACUAGCUGAAAUCUGGAAGACAACGUACAAGGCACGUCUGGAGUAAAUCUCAACCAAUUCGAAACCCUAGAUGAAAGAAAGUAAAUUAAUGAUGAAGUAAGAAGUAGGAAGUAGAAAAGAAG